GCUGUGAAGAAAUUAAUACUAUAACCAAACAAAAAUGGGGUUGUGCAUUAAGGUUUGGUUUUGUGUAGUGAGUGUGUUGGGGCUGGCAAUGAUGAGUGAUCUUGCCAACGCUCAAGAUUCACAGAGAGACUAUCUGAAUGGACACAACCCUGCACGAUCAAAUGUUGGUUUGAAAAAUAUAGUUUGGAAUGAUACAGUUGCUGCUUUUGCGCAAAAGUAUGCUAAUAAACGUAAAGAUUGUCAACUGGUUCAUUCAGACGGUGGUGGCAUCUAUGGAGGCACUUUCAUCGGUUGCAACUAUGAUCCCCCUGGCAACUAUGUUGGUCAAAGACCCUAUUAAUCAUUUACUUCUCUAAAUGUACCAGCUAUCACUUUCCACUGCUUCUAUAUUUCCAAUAAAUCACUAUAAAAUGCAAGUACUGCAUCCUGCAUGAAUUUAGGUCUCCACCUUAGUAAAUUCAUGUAGUAACUUGUGUUGAAAUUAUAAUAAAAUGUUGUUUCUCGUA